AUCUAAUUAAAAGCGGAAGUCAAAAUGUCUACACUACCAUUGCUGUUGAGCCUUAUUGAUGAAUUGGAUCGGGAAUCACCAUCCUAUUAUGGAAAUGAUUUUGGUCUGGGUCUUUCACCAUAUCUGAUUCACAGUCAUGCUCAUCGUGAACCUAUUACAAAUUCCGUUGGCUAUACAAUGCCCUUAAGUUUGCUCAGUCGCUUGAGUGAACGUCAAGCUGCCAGACGACGUGAUAGCAAAGAGGACCGCAUAUCGCCCAUUGGUAAGGAUGGCUUCCAAGUGUGCCUGGAUGUGGCCCAGUUCAAACCCAAUGAAUUGAAUGUAAAAGUUGUCGACAAUUCCAUCGUCAUUGAGGGCAAACACGAGGAACGUGAGGAUCAGCAUGGCUAUAUCCAACGUCACUUUGUACGUCGAUAUGUACUACCAAAUGGCUAUGAUGCCGAAAAGGUAGCAUCCACCCUAUCUUCGGAUGGCAUUCUUACCGUUAGUGUUCCAAAGCCUCAAAUUGAAGAUAAGUCGAAUGAACGUGUCGUGCAAAUCCAACAGACAGGACCGGCCCAUUUGAAUAUUAAGCAAAACUCCAAGGAAAAGGGAACAGAAACAAAUGGAACAGCCACCAAUGGUGCUGCGGAAGAAGAGAAAAAAUAAAUUACAA